GGGGGGUGUCUGUGCUGCUCUGGGUGCUUUGGGACUCCCCAGGGACUGGCAGCGGGCUCCAGGCUGCACCGGGGAGCCGCAGCGUGGCUUGGGCUGUCGGUGCCCGUGGGCAGGGUUAGUCCUGGCUGUCCUGCCCUGCCCUGAGCAUGUCCUGCCUGGGCUCGGGGUGAAUUCAGCUCCCUUUUAGCCCGUGUGGACAGGAACCUGGGUGGCCAGGCGCGGCUUGCUUGCUGUGCCAGGAGCUCACAUUGAUUUUUAUGGGCGAUGGAAGAUUUUACGGAACAGCUUUUUCACGGGUGGUGGAGGCAUCCGGCAGCCUUCCAGGUGAACCCCAUGUGCUCCGCAGGGCCGUGACUCCCAUCCUGGCUUACUGAUAGGCUGCAGGUGAAGCGGAGGGCUGCCCCAAAACCUUUGUGGGGAAAGUCUUGCUCUGGGCUACUGCUGCUUUCUCUUGCCCCAAACGCCCACCAUCCCUGCCAGAGCAGAGAGCAGGCAGCCAAGGCUCUCAGUAGCAGGGCUGCUGCUCCCUGUCUCUGUGUCUUGUUCCUGCAGGCAGGGGAGGCAGACCCCAACCAGGGGCUUUCCCUCUGCAUGGGCUGGCCCCGAGGGGUGCAAAGCAGGGUGCUGGGGUCCAAAGUGCAGCAGCAUUGGGCAUGUGGAAAAGUAACAGUGGCAGGUGGCGUGGCAGGUUGAGGCAGCAAUCUCCCCUGCAUUUCCUCUGGGCUUUAUUUGGUGGUAACUUAUCGCUUCCGUCUUCCUGAGACCACAGCUUGACAGGAACAGGAUCAGCCUCCGUUUACCCCAUGCAUGCAAUUCAGAUUACACUGAUGGUGUUAUAACCGGGGCAGACAGGAUUAAAAGUGUCACGAGCCACAAAGAAUCAUCUUUCCUGUUUGCACGUCCUCGCCAUCGCCUUGGCCCUGGAGGUGUCGGUGGGGAAGACCAACACCGUGCUGGCUCUGAACGGUUCCGACGUCCUGCUGCCCUGCACCUUCACCACCUGCAUCGGCUUCCAGGACCUGGUCUUCACGUGGUAUUUCAACUCGACGGAGAUGAUCUACCACGGCAAGAUAAAGAGCAAAAGCUCCGAGCCCUUCCUGGUGAGCCGCAACCCGCGGGUGGAGUUCGUCGGCUCGACGACGGGGAAGGACAACAACAUCUCCAUCGUGCUGAAGGACGUGGAGCUCAGCGACGCCGGCAAGUACACCUGCCACGUCAAGAACCCCAAGGAGAAGAACGCGCAGCACAACGCCACCAUCAUCCUCACUGUGGUCCACAGGAUGGAGGAGACGGACAACACCCUGACGCUCAUCAUCGUGGGCGUUGUGGGGGGGCUCUUCGGCCUCCUCAUCCUCUUCAUGCUCGUCAAGAGGGUCGUCCUCUUCAUCAUCAAGAAGACGCAGGAUGGGAAGAAGGAGUGCCUCGUCAGCUCCUCGGGCAAUGACAACACGGAGAAUGGCCUGGCGGGCUCCAAGGCGGAACAAAAAGCCCCCCCGAAGGCAUGAAGCAGCGCACGGAGCCCCGGCCCCCAGCAGGGCAGGGGGCUGGGAUGGGGAGAAGCCUCUCCCUUCUGUUUCCUUUCCGAAAUGCCGACGCUCGAGACACGUUUCUGUUACACACGUGCCUGCAACCUGCACCGCUUCUGGGACACGGCUUCGGCUGCUGCGGGGACGGGGGCAUCCUGCAGACGGGGACAGCGCUGGGACGAGGGAGCCCCCUGCCCUGCCCUGCGCCGAGGGAAGCGGGGCUGGGUGCUUGGGGAGCCCGCAGUGGGUGCUGUGUGUGCCGUGCACCCCUGGGUGCAGGGCAGGGGGUGGCCGGGGGGCCGGCAUGCCUGGGGGUCAGGGGUGCGAUGAGAUUGGGGUGUCUCGUUUUGCUCUGAUGCUGAGCUUCUUGUGGGUGGUUGGGGCAGCAGGGUGAGGGUGCGCAAAACUCACCGUGGGGCCAUGGGGCCAGCACGUGGGGCAGAGUGGGGGCGAAGUGGGGCUGCAGGAACAGCUCGGCUUCAGCUCCUCGGCUGGCACCCCGCGGGGGCUGCCACUCCGGGGUCCCUCCCUGGGCUGCUGUCGGUUCUGCCCUUCCUCAUCCUCCCCUCUCCUGAAGGCAGGGAUGCUUUCAGGGCCGAGCGGCCAGGGCUUAACUCGUUAAGCGGAUAUUUUUAUAUCAGAUUCCCCUGGGAAAAGGGCUGGUUGCAUUUCCCUCUCCUGGAGGAAAACUGGCACGGUCAGGCCCUGGCGAGAGGAGCAGGGCCAGGGCUGCCCCAUCCCAAUCCCGGUCCUGCCACGGGCCGGAGGGGUGACCCUGGGGCCUCGCCGUGCCUCAGUUUUCCUCAUCUGUAAAAGGGGAUACCAACAGGGCUCUGCCUCUCAGGGCUCGCUGUGAGGCUUCCCCGGCUCACAGCUGAGAGGUGCUGCAGGGUCGCUGGGUGAGGGGUGCUCAGGAAGCCGGGGGUCCUUGCGGAGGCUGCCUGCAGCGGGGAUACAGGCCUGGAGCAGCAGCGUUAGGGAGCUGUGUGCCUGCCGUCGUGCUGCCCCUGUGCAGGGGACCCCAAAAAGCCUCCCUGGGCUUCUGAGGAAAGGAGAACUGUAACACAAACCAGCCUUUUUCCCAAGGGCUGCAGCUGGACGUGGAACACGAAGGGGGAUGAGUUAACCCUACAGAUGCAGUUCAGGUUGUCCUUUAGGGCGUGAUUUGUUCCCUGCUGGUUUCCCCUCCACUCGUUGAGGCAGGAUGGGGCUGUUCCCACCCCUUUCCCAGCAGCAAGAGGGGAGCAUUGCACUUCCCCAGCCACAGAGGCUUUCCACCAGGAGGGGAGGUAGGCGAGGAUUUGGGGGCAGAGCAGAGGAGGAAGGCUGGGGGCUGCCUUACCCAACAGCUGCAGGGCAUCCCUGACACACAGGGACACGUGGGGACAGUGGCCCGGGGCAGGUUUCCUCGGCUGCUGGUUAAAUGGGAGCUGAGCCCAGGCUCCCACUCCCCCCCUGCCCCUGGGGACCCCCAGGCGAACCACUGGUUCCUGUUCUUCAGUCUUCCCAUCUGUGAAAUGGGCGCAGCAAACCCCAUUUACCUCCCAGGGGGUGCGAGGCUCCCCGCGCCGCUUUGCAACGUGCUCCGAGACCCCAGGGCGAAAGGCAGGGUGCUGCCAGGUGCUGUGGGGUGCCCUCGUCACGCAUGAGAGCUUGGGAGGAAGCGUGAGACCUCCCUGCCGCCCCCCGAGCCCCCAGCCCACCCUCGCAGAAAUGGGAGAGGACGGCGAGGGGAGGAAGGAGUUUUUUUAAAAGAACUGUUUUUAGCUGUCCUAACCCGUCAGCCUUUUUUUAGACGAUACCUGGCCCCAGCUCCGCAUACCGCGGGAUAUGCAGUGCCGUACUAUGCAUGGAUUGCUCCUCUGGCUUGAUGGACGACGUCAACAUAACCAGUUUGGGAAAUGCAACUCUAUCUAUGCACGUAUGUGUGCGGUGUGGUGGGCUCGGGGGGAGCAAAGGGGCUCGUGCCAGCUCUGCUGGGGCUCCCUGCGGCCACGGGGGCUGUGCCAGGGUGAAGGCAGGGCCAGGGUGUGAGCUGUGAUGGCCACAUACGUGUGUAAGCAUAUAUAAACACAUGUAGGGAUCCCUGCAAAUCAACACAGGGUGUGUACCACACACUCUGCGACGACUUCUAAGGCAUUUUGCACUGUAGGGGUUUAGUUAGCUUUGCCUUGAGUGAAAUAAAGUUUGAGUUGACCGGGAA